AUGCUGGAUUAUGGAAUAUUGGAUGUUGCAACAUUGGAUAUUCCAACAAUGGGUGUUGCAACACUGGAUAUUCCAACAAUGGGUGUUGCAACACUGAAUAUUCCAACAAUGGGUGUUGCAACACUGAAUAUUCCAACAAUGGAUGUUGCAACAUUGGAUAUUCCAACAAUGGGUGUUGCAACAUUGGAUAUUCCAACAAUGGGUGUUGCAACAUUGGAUAUUCCAACAAUGGGUGUUGCAACAUUGGAUAUUCCAACAAUGGGUGUUGCAACAUUGGAUAUUCCAACAAUGGGUGUUGCAACACUGGAUAUUCCAACAAUGGGUGUUGCAACACUGGAUAUUCCAACAAUGGGUGUUGCAACACUGGAUAUUCCAACAAUGGGUGUUGCAACACUGGAUAUUCCAACAAUGGGUGUUGCAACAUUGGAUAUUCCAACAAUGGGUGUUGCAACAUUGGAUAUUCCAACAAUGGGUGUUGCAACACUGGAUAUUCCAACAAUGGGUGUUGCAACACUGGAUAUUCCAACAAUGGGUGUUGCAACACUGGAUAUUCCAACAAUGGGUGUUGCAACACUGGAUAUUCCAACAACGGGUGUUGGGACAUUUUGA